AGAUGAGUUUUUUUACUUCUGAUUAAUGCGUGAAUGUAUUUUACAUUGAUUUAUUUAAUUCCCGUAUGAUCAUCUGAAUAAAUGAUGCAUGUCGCAUGAAACAGCACUAGUGUGAAAAGCGUCUAGGAGAAUCCGUUCCUGGUUUUCCUUCGGCUCAGACUGGAUGAUUUGUGUGUAUACGGAGCACACGGGGCAGAUAGAGGAGAGAGACGGGUAUGGAUCCGUAGCUCUUGCCGCUGUCUCGUUUCUUGGGACUGUCGUUUUGAAUACAGCGAGGCUCGAGCUUUGAGUCGUGCAUGGUACAUUUGAAUGAGAGUAGGGACGCACAGCGGCGGAAAACAAAGACGCGCCCGCUUCGGUGCAAAGGCGCAAGCUGGCUGCGCGGCGGGGGAUGCACGGGCACAAUAGGAAAGACCACACACUUCUGCUUUAGGAGGACAGUGUUGCAAUAACAUUUCCCCCCAGACAGACAAGCCUCGCAGCGGGGAACAGGAAUUUGAAGCCGGACUUUACUUUUUAGGCAAAUGUUAUGUGAACGAGGACGGGCUUUGCACUGGACGUCUAGGUGACUUGAUGGGGCUCUUUCAGGAUUUUUAGAAUGCGCAAAUAGUCUCAAAAACGCACCGACACAGCAAAGGAAAAUUUAGCGCACCAACGCGAUUUUGUGCUGAGAUUGUUUAAUAUUAUUAUUAUUAUUAUUAUUAUUAUUAUUAUUAUUAUUAUUAUUAUGCACUCUGGAGAUCACCAGCUGUGGGUGAAAUCACGCUAGAAACAUAUUUGACCUGAAUUUAUUUACCUGGAUUUGGUUUCUGAAGAAUGUACUUACUUGAUGGUAAUUACCCGGAAAGGAUGGAGCGGGGUACGCCACAAAGAAAAACCGUGUACCGGAUAUCUUUGACACUAGUGAAAAAAGAAACUCUGCAGGAUGGCGGAGGCCCAGCACACCGGCGGCUGGAGAACCCUAAAGUGAGCGCGUACCGGCGGGAGGGAGCCGCUGACGCUCAGCGCAGCUCCCCGCUGGAAGAACUGAAAGAAGUGGAGGACGAGUCGGACGAAUUUUCUGCACACUCAUACAUGAGGAACUUCAGGACAUUUAGUACUGGACAUCUAGAGUUGGGCAGGUUGAAAAUCUCAAGGAGGGCGCAGCAUUCACAUAAAGACAAGGAAUUAAAUGAAAUGUGCGUCCAGCCAGAGAAUGGACAGAGCAAGGUCAUUGAAAAUGGGGCACUAGUGCACAAAAAGGCAGAUGAUGUUGCUGAAAGUGACAGAUUGAAAUGCGAUGCUGAACAUGGAGAAAUCUGCAGCACAGCUGCUGCUAAUAGAGGAAGCACAGACAUUCGAAAAAAAAUGCUCAAGACUUCCCGGAGCACAGAGGAACCAGUCAGUACAUGGUCAGAUGAUACCUCAGAGGAACCUAAGGGUGGCAGGACGGCCAAAGAGAGCUGCAUCUCUUAUUUGCUGGCUAAAGGGAAUGGGAAGUCACCCCAACCAGCACCUGAAACUCCUCCGGUGAAGAGACACCCAAGCCUGCUGCGGCGAAGUUUCAGCUUUCGCCACUGGACGGGUGGAGAGUUGAUCCGCAUACGGGCGCUUUCCAAAGAGAAGCAUCACAGCAGCUCGGGCUGCAUUGGCCACGAUGAAGAGCACAGUCAGGCCCAGGCCGGUGUGGUUCUUCAAAACAUGGCUUUCGCCGAGUCUGAGUCCACUGAGAAGCGAAACACUUUGGAUGUGGGUGAGGUCCUGAGCAAAACUGACUCGGUGACUGAACCGGGCCGCAGGGAGAGGAUGAAGGGCAAGAAUCGAACUCUGGAUAACAGUGACCUGCUCAAGCUGUCAGAUACAUCUUUGAUGGACAAGGAAGGUUUUAUUAGAGGAACAGGCUCCCGUUCCAGCGGGCAGGAACGUAAACUCAUUCGGUUCUUCAGCGGUAUCUUCUCAAAGCGAGAUGGGACAUCCACGCCACUUAGCAGCCCCAGCAACCGGGCUCUCCGGAAGAACAGCCUACUGGGAAGUCAGCGGAGAUCAGAAAUGAGCUACUCGCAGUCCAGCACUGAAAGUGUUAACGGAUGCCAGCCGGACGAUGCCUUUGUCAACAGUCAGGAGUGGACACUCAGUCGCUCCGUACCAGAGCUCAAAGUGGGCAUUGUGGGUAACUUGGCGAGUGGAAAGUCUGCCCUGGUGCACAGGUAUCUGACAGGGACGUAUGUGCAGGAAGAGAGCCCUGAAGCUGACGUGGAUGCAGGAGGACGUUUUAAAAAGGAGAUUGUAGUGGAUGGACAAAGUUUCCUCCUCCUAAUCAGAGAUGAAGGGGGACCUCCGGAGGCUCAGUUUGCGUUGUGGGUGGAUGCGGUGAUUUUUGUGUUCAGUCUGGAAGAUGAGAUCAGCUUUCAGACGGUCUACCACUAUUAUAGUCGUAUGGCCAACUACCGCAACACAGCAGAGGUGCCCCUGGUGCUUGUGGGAACUCAGGAUGCAAUCAGUGCAGCUAACCCUCGUGUCAUCGAUGACACCCGCGCCCGCAAACUGUCCAACGACCUGAAGAGGUGCACAUAUUAUGAGACCUGUGCUACCUAUGGCCUCAACGUGGAGCGCGUCUUCCAGGAUGUGGCUCAGAAAAUAGUUGCGACCCGGAAGAAACAGCAGCUGUCAAUCGGACCCUGUAAGUCACUGCCCAAUUCUCCAAGCCACUCCUCCGUCUGCGCAGCGCCUGUGUCUGCCGUGCAUAUCAGCCAGACCAGUAAUGGUGGGGGCAGUUUGAGCGAUUACUCCUCUUCCGUACCCUCCACUCCCAGUACCAGUCAGAAGGAACUGCGUAUCGAUGUCCCCCAAACCGCCAACACCCCUACGCCCGUCCGUAAACAGUCCAAACGACGUUCCAACCUCUUUACGUCUCGGAAGGGAAGCGAACCAGACAGGGAGAAGAAAGGGUUGGAUGGCCGCGCAGACAGCAUUGGAAGUGGCCGUGCUAUCCCAAUUAAACAGGGCAUGUUGCUGAAAAGGAGCGGCAAGUCACUGAACAAAGAGUGGAAGAAGAAAUAUGUCACACUUUGUGACAAUGGAGUCCUCACAUAUCAUCCUAGUCUGCAUGAUUAUAUGCAGAAUGUUCAUGGGAAGGAGAUCGACCUGCUUCGGACUACAGUGAAGGUUCCAGGGAAGAGGCCCCCCAGGGCCAUCUCCACAUGUGCGGCCCCCAGUCCCAAAACAAAUGGGCUGACCAAGGACAUGAGUAGCAUGCAGCUUGGACAGACACCAGGCUCUGUGACCAGUAGUUCUUCUGCGUCUCAGAUGGCGAGUGGCAUCAGUCUGAUGUCGUUUAACAGUCGGCCGGAUGGGAUGCAUCAGCGCUCAUACUCUGUCUCCAGCGCUGACCAAUGGAGUGAUGCCACAGUCAUUGCCAACUCAGGAAUCAGCACAGAGACCGGUCUGGGAGAUUCUGUGUGCUCCAGUCCAAGCAUAUCCAGUACCACCAGUCCAAAGAUGGACCCGCCCCCAUCACCCCACGCCAACCGCAAAAAACACAGGAGGAAGAAGAGUACCAGCAACUUCAAGGUGGACGGCUUCUCUGGAACUGCAGAAGAACAAGAGGACAACUUUGAGUUCAUCAUUGUUUCUCUUACGGGCCAGACCUGGAAUUUUGAGGCAACGUCCUAUGAGGAGCGGGACGCUUGGGUCCAGGCCAUUGAGAGCCAGAUUCUGGCGAGUCUACAGUCCUGUGAGAGCAGCAAACAGAAGUCUCGUCUGAGCAGCCAAUCAGAAGCCAUGGCUCUGCAGUCUGUCAGGAACAUGAGAGGAAACACGCGCUGUGUGGAUUGUGAAGCCCAGAACCCUGAUUGGGCCAGUCUGAACCUGGGGGCUUUGAUCUGUAUAGAAUGUUCAGGCAUUCAUCGCAACCUGGGUACUCACCUGUCUCGUGUCCGUUCUUUGGACCUGGAUGAGUGGCCUCUAGAGCUCAUCAAGGUCAUGUCGGCCAUCGGUAAUGAGUUGGCUAAUAGUGUGUGGGAAGCCAAUGCUCAAGGACGCCUAAAACCUGCCCCUGAUGCCAGCAGAGAGGAACGUGAGCGCUGGAUCAGAGCCAAAUAUGAGCAGAAGUUGUUUUUGGCAUCACUGACGUGCACAGAGCUGACUUUAGGACAACAGUUGCUGCGGGCCACAGCGGAGGAAGACUUGCGCAUUGUGGUCAUACUGCUGGCCCACGGCUCCAGAGAUGAGGUCAACGAAACCUGUGGGGAAGGUGAUGGCCGGACAGCCUUGCACUUGGCCUGCCGCAAAGGGAAUGUUGUGAUCACGCAACUGCUCUUAUGGUACGGCGUGGACAUCAUGGCACGGGAUGCUCACGGCAAUACAGCACUGGCAUACGCACGGCAAGCGAACAGUCAGGAGUGUAUGGACGUCCUGCUUCAGUACGGCUGUCCUGACGAGCGUUACCCACUCAUGGCCACACCGAACCUGUCACGCAGGAACAAUAACCGCAAUAACAGUUGCAGCAGCAUUAACAGUGCAGUUAUAUGAGAAAUACACACUCACACACAUGAACACGCAUUCUGGUCAGCACUCCUCCUCCCUCCCUACACACACUUUCAUAUGUACAGCUCCACCACUACAUCAGAAUCAUAAGACUAUCCCAGACUUGAUGGAAAGACCCCUGACACUGAAGAUGAAGAUGAUGAAGCAGCAUGAGCAGAGCUGCAAGGGUUUAGCCAAUCAUGUGUCAUCCAUUAUUUUGUUUUGUUUUGUUGUUUUUUUUUUGGGGGGGGGGGUCUGGCACACGUCUUGCUGUGUUGUGGAACAAAAAUUAAAACAAUACCGGAUUUUCUAACUGUGCCAGUUUAAGCUACCAAGUGCAUGAUGGGAGAAUAGGGUAUGGAUUUGGUAACUGAUGAGCAGGUGACACAUCAGCGUUCUCCUCCCUGCCUCUUCUCUGAGGAGUCUAAUAGAUGACAAAGCAAGACAGGAAAUGAUGGGGCAGCAUGGGAUACUUUUACGCUGGAUCUUCAAAAUGACCCAGAAGAACCAGAGAACUUCACUCUGUCGCCAUGUGCGUCUGGACUUCCAUCAAACCACUCUGACACUGAUUUUUCUGUCUGAUCUCACUCUCUCAGACUUUUCUUUGUAUCUGUCUUGUACUAUUUCUCAGUCAGUUAUAUCAGUAUGUCCAUUAUGUCUUUUAUUCUUCUUUUUUUUUUUUUUUAAAGGAAUGUGAAAGGAUGUAAUGACAUUUUUGGAAAACAGUAAGUUUGAAGUUUGAAUCUGACAUGGUCUUUUAAACUGUUUUUGUUUUAAUAUUGUUGAGUAGCAUUUGUUUUAAGUGCUCAUUACUGGACCAACGGAAGAUUCUUAAAAACAGGAGUUUUAAGAUUUACAUUUCUCAGAAGUCAAAGGGAAUUAUAUUUUUAUUUUCACCAGCUUUUAUUAAGCAGAUUUUUUAAAAAUCUUUAAACAUGUCAGUCUAGCCUUAUAUGUUGCUCAUUCCUUACUUCAGCUCACAGUGAAAUGUGCAGGCACUGAUUCAGAUGAACCAGAUCUCAAAAGUGAAAUAACCCAGAAUUCAGAAGUGCAGGGCUGAAGCUCAGACUGACCUCAAGUGUUCAUCAUUAAAAACACCACAGAAUAUCAGGAAAACACAGGACUAUUUGUCGUGCAAAAGACUGAAAUCUGCUUAUGGCGGCCGUUGCUUUCAUACAGUGACGUGCCUCACUCAGGUCAUCUCCGUCUGUUGCUGUUCUCACACUUUACACUGCAGAGUCCUGAACCUCAUUUAUCUCAAAGAAGAGAAGGGCUCUCUAGGUCUUCAGUCUCAAUCUGUACAUACUCUUCUUCCUUCUCUCUCAUUCUUUUUUUUUUCCCUCUGAGUAGUGUACUAUAUAGAAAAGUAUUUCAAGAAAGCACUCCCCCUGACAAAAGCGGUUAUUAUUAUAUAUUUUGCCUCGCCCUCUUCACUGAAACGUGCAGGUUAAGGUGUCUGAAGUUGCAAAGUUCCCUUUACAUGCUCUCUUUCUCUGAACUGUUCUUCAUAGCUUCAUAGUUUUCCUCUUUUCCUUUAUCAUGUGUCAAGGAGUAUUUAAGCAAUACGAAGCCAAAAUUCAGCCAGGUAGACACAUGAGUAAUAGUUUUUCACUGCGUUUUGGACAUCACCACAGCAGUCUGAGCUGCCGUUGAUAUUGAGAAGUAAAGCCGAUGUAAGACUCUGUCUCAGGGCGUAUAUAUCAUUACAGGAGAUCCCAUGAAAAGGCUUUGAUAUUGACUUGUUCCAUGAUAUGAUUUGAUGGGCUUUGAUCAUUUCAUGUUGGCUCCCAUUGAUUUUACUCUUCGCUAGGUGGUAGAAAUGUGAAGGUACUUGUCUUAGGGUUGGAAAUGUGAGAGGAACUGUGUUGCAGAAUGAAUAUUCUUCUGCAGUGCAAGCUAUGUGGAAAGUCUUUACGCUAGUUGAUAGACAUUUGGGACUGUGUAGAGAAUCUUAAAUAGUUUUCCAAGCUUUCGAAGGAAAACCAUGAGAGUGGAGAAGCUUUAGUGAAGGACAUGAGGAUUGAAACAUUGAGGUAUGUUGAUUUUCAGCUCGUGAGUGUGCAGUUUUCGCCUUGUAUAUAUCGUAGCAGGCCUUUAGAGGCUUUACCACAAUAACCAUUAUUUAUGACUAAAUGCACUACAGAACACAGAUCACUUGUUGUGAAGAACCCACAAUAUAACGUUCACUCUGAAUCCUUUCUGUGAAAAAAACUGUUGUUUUUGUUUUGUUUUUGCAUGAAUGGAUGUAAAUGUUCUCUUCCUUGUGUAAAUGUCUUCGUCUUCAUAAAAAUAACUGUACCCUGACAGGUGACGCUAAAGAGUCUGCCAUUUUAAUAUGAAAAAAAAAAAACUUUUUAUCAACUUGUGAACUAUUUUUUUUUUUUUCCACUUCAUUUGUAAUUCAUCUUCUUGGGUAAAACUUCUUUUUGGGUCAUCUGUCCAUCUGUAAGUGAAUAAAGAAAGCAUGAAUAAGCAAAACAGACAAAAAUCCAGCCAUAACAGCAACCAAAGCAUUACUUCACCCCUUGCAAGCAAAUAAUGCAGACUUAAAGCGGGCUUCAUCAGAACGUUCCAAGUCUCUUGAACAUAUCCUCGUUUUAUUUCCGUUUCCAUUCACUAGUCGUUGCUUUUUGUAAAUAGAUGUAAAAAUGGAGAAACAAGUAGUGUUUGUUUACUUUGUUUUUGUUUGUGUUUGUUACCUCAUUUCAUCGACAGUCUCCAUGUUACGCUCAAACCCAAGAAACGCGUUUAUUUAUGAAUAUGAUCAUCUGAAAGGGGAGGAGCUCUCUCACACUACUUGGGUUUUGCAUUUGUCCCUUUAUUUAGUCCAUUGGCAUCACAACUAUCAUUCUGAUUCAAAUUAUUGGUGUUGUAUUUCUAAUUAUUAUUGUUAUUAUAUUGAGUUUGUGUCAGCUGUACAGUACUGUGUUGAAAAAUUAUAACUGAUGCAGAGUCUUAUACUGUAACGUGUCUCUUUUCAAUAAAAUGCUUCUUAAUAUAA